AUGCUAGAAACUUACUUCACUGAAGAGUCGCAGUCACCACUAUGCUGGAUUAACUUCCUACAGCAAGAGCUUCGGCACUUAACACCCUUCCCAACUCAUGAUGACAUAAGACCUUACCUACCGAAGUGCUUCUAUAAUAUUCCUGACACCCAUCUUGUUCUCGAUGCCAUAGAGGUGAGAGUGCAGAGGCCUUCAUCAUUGAGUGCACAACGCCAAACAUUCUCACCUUACAAACAUUACAAUACCAACAAGGCGCUUAUUGGAUGUACCCCAGAUGGAUACAUCACGUAUGUGUCUCGCCUCUGGGGAGGCUCUAGCUCUGACAAAGCGAUCCUUGAGAGCAGUGGUCUUCUUGACAAACUGGAGCCAGCUGAUGCAAUAAUGGUUGAUAAAGGUUUCAUCUUCCCUUACUUGCCAGCAGAAGUCACAGAGUCUCAUGAAAAGCAGAUGCCUGCAAAAGCAGUUGAUGAAACCAGGCGCAUUGCUUCUGCAAGGGUGCACGUCGAAAGAAUCAUUGGAAGAGCUAAAAGCUUCCAUAUAUUGGAUAGACCCUUUCCUACCGCAAUGAUAGACAUUGUGGAGCAAGUUUUUGAAAUUUGUUGCCUCCUGAGCAACUAUAGGGCUCCCUUUGAUCAAAUAGGCCCAUUAAGACUUGCAAGAGCACCAGUAUUGUUUGCGAAAGGAGGCCAAGUCUGAAGAUGGAAGGAUGAAAUUGGUCAGGGCUGACAAAGUUAGGGAAUGUUGAUUUGGUGGCUGCAGCCAAAGUAGUAACAGAAGUUUGCAUGUUUGGUUGAACUUACUGUAGCCAAAAAUUGUAGUGCAAUGUUUUUCAGUCAAUCUUGUUGUCACACUAAGUAUAUUUGCCCUCGUGCUGCAAGGAAUUGUGCUACAGAAGCCCUGUAUAGUUAUAAUUCAUCUCGGGCUUUCCACGAGAGCUUUCACAAGCCACGUCAAGCCCCAUUUGUCAUAACGUUAGUCACAAAUCACGAAAGAGUUUAUUUGCAUGUGUUACACUACCCUUGUCUUUCAUAAGUAAUUGCUUUCAGCAGAACAUGCAAGCCAGGGGCUGGUAUAUUUUUUUAUUUACAAUGCAGCUAGUCUCUUUGACACCAUUUGCUGAUGCCUAAGGAAAAAAAGGAAUGCUUGCAUGCAUUGGUUUGAAAAGUAUAACUGAGCAGUGUAUACACGCAUGAUUAUGCCAAGACUGCCAUGGAUGUCACUGAGUUUUGUAUUGUAUUCAUUGAGAACUUGAUAAUAUCGGGGGUUUAACAUCCCAAAACCAGGAUAUGAUUAUGAGGGACGUACUCGUUGAGAACUCGCCUGGAAAA